UAUAAAAGAACCAAACCAGCUCCUACAUGUUCCACACAUGUACUACAUCUGCAGCAGCAAAAAAGGAAAGCUGUAUAUUUCCAUUGUGUAAAUCGUUGCAUUCAAAAUGAAGCUGCAUAUUCUAUCAGUGUUUUACAUUUUUGCCUUGAUACUUCUCCUCUCUUACAAGGCACAGGCACAUCGUUAUAUUAUUGACGAUGAGGAAGAAGAGGGUGGUGAAAUAAGUCUGAUGAAUGACAAAGAAGUCACUAAAAUGCUGAAAGAGCUCAAGAAAUACCGUAGUCAAGACAAACAGCAAAAACAAAUUAAUCAGCUGAAGCAGUUGGCAAGAGAAUUGCAGAAACAAGUUGUAAUUCUCCAUAAUAAACUGCAUGAAUGCAGCAGUGAAGAAAAAGAAAGGACUGAACAAGAAGACACAUCAGCCAAUAAAACAUCAAUCAGACACAAAAGGAGCAUCCAGAAUUCUGCUGGUACUACUGGUGGUGCCACCUACAUCCGCUGGGGAAGAAGCACCUGUCCACAAGGAGCUGAACUGGUGUAUAAUGGAGUUGGUGCAGGAUCUCACUACUCCCACAGCGGGGGAGGCAGCGACUACCUGUGUGUUCCUCAUGACCCUGAAUGGGGGGUUACCACAGACGGGUUCCAAUCUAACUCCUUUCUCUAUGGAGUAGAGUUUGAAAUACAAGCCAACAACCCCUUCCUCACACACAACACUCCAAAGCUGACAACAGUACAUGACCAGAGUCCACGUUGUGCUGUCUGCCACAUCCCUUCAAGGUCCAGCCAGGUCAUGAUUCCAGCCAAAAUGACCUGUCCAGCUAGCUGGACCAAGGAGUACGAUGGCUAUCUUAUGUCCUCCCAUCACGCACAACAGAAAUCUCAGUUUGUCUGUGUGGACAAGGCCCCAGAGGUGAUGGAUGGAGGAGAUGGUAACCAAGAUGGUGCUUUAUUUUACAUAGUAGAAGCACAGUGCGGGUCACUGCCUUGUCCUAGUUAUCUAUCUGGGAAAGAAAUAACCUGUGUUGUGUGCUCUAAGUAAACUAUCCCAGAUUUUUUUUUAAUACUUAAUUUUCGCAAGUAUUUUUUUUUUCUCAGAUUUAAUAUAAUUUGCAAAUAAUUAUAAUCAUUGUUGGCAAAUAGAACAGAUAAUGUCAAGUAAAUUUUUCUAAAUAAGUAGUAUUCAUUUAACUGUGAGCUGCUUGUUCUUUGUUUACAGUAUUUUUUAGGUUUAACAAAAUUUUUGAAAACUGAUUGGUAAAGAGAAGAAUUGCUAUCAUUUAUAUGCUAAGUAAAACAUUUGCAAAUAUCUAUAGUAGACAGUUAUUGCUUACUACAUCUUUUGAAAAUAAACCCAGUGUCUUUCACUAACA